GCCUUUGCCCGCCUUAUAAAAUCUCCCUCCCCCGCGUCCGUCUCUUCCCCUCUCGAAACCCUAGUCCCGCACCACCCCCCGCCGCCGCCGCAGCGUCCCCGUCUCGCCCCCCACCUCCGGCCCUCGCGAAGCGCCUCCUCGACCGCCGGGAGUGAGAGAAGAGAUGGCGGGCAAGGGCGACGGGCCGGCGAUCGGCAUCGACCUCGGCACCACCUACUCGUGCGUCGGCGUGUGGCAGCACGACCGCGUCGAGAUCAUCGCCAACGACCAGGGGAACCGCACCACCCCCUCGUACGUCGCCUUCACCGACUCCGAGCGCCUCAUCGGAGAUGCCGCCAAGAACCAGGUCGCCAUGAACCCCAUCAACACCGUCUUUGAUGCCAAGCGUCUCAUCGGCAGAAGGUUCACUGAUGCUUCUGUCCAGAGUGAUAUCAAGCUCUGGCCCUUCAAGGUCAUUUCUGGACCUGGUGAGAAGCCCAUGAUUGUUGUCCAGCACAAGGGUGAGGAUAAGCAGUUUGCUGCUGAGGAGAUCUCCUCCAUGGUUCUGAUCAAGAUGCGUGAGAUUGCUGAAGCUUACCUUGGCAGUACUAUCAAGAACGCUGUUGUCACAGUUCCUGCCUAUUUCAACGACUCACAGAGGCAGGCCACCAAGGAUGCUGGGGUGAUUGCUGGCCUCAACGUGCUGCGUAUCAUCAAUGAGCCGACUGCUGCUGCUAUUGCCUAUGGUCUUGACAAGAAGGCCACCAGUGUGGGCGAGAAGAAUGUCCUCAUCUUUGACCUUGGUGGUGGUACCUUUGAUGUGUCCCUCCUCACGAUUGAGGAAGGUAUCUUUGAGGUUAAGGCCACUGCUGGUGAUACUCAUCUUGGUGGUGAGGACUUCGACAACAGGAUGGUCAACCACUUCGUCCAGGAGUUCAAGAGGAAGAACAAGAAGGACAUCACUGGCAACCCUAGGGCUCUCAGGAGGUUGAGGACAGCUUGUGAGAGGGCGAAGAGGACUCUGUCUUCCACUGCCCAGACCACCAUUGAGAUCGACUCCCUGUAUGAGGGCAUCGACUUCUACUCCACCAUCACCCGUGCUAGAUUUGAGGAGCUCAACAUGGACCUGUUCAGGAAGUGUAUGGAGCCUGUUGAGAAGUGCCUGAGGGAUGCCAAGAUGGACAAGAGCAGUGUGCACGAUGUUGUCCUUGUUGGUGGUUCUACUAGGAUUCCCAGAGUGCAGCAGCUGCUCCAGGACUUCUUCAACGGCAAGGAGCUGUGCAAGAACAUCAACCCUGAUGAGGCCGUUGCCUAUGGUGCUGCUGUCCAGGCCGCCAUCCUAAGUGGCGAGGGCAACGAGAAGGUGCAGGACCUGCUUCUGUUGGACGUCACCCCUCUGUCCCUUGGUCUGGAGACUGCCGGAGGAGUGAUGACUGUGCUGAUCCCGAGGAACACCACCAUCCCCACCAAAAAGGAGCAGGUGUUCUCCACCUACUCGGACAACCAGCCUGGUGUCCUGAUCCAGGUGUACGAGGGUGAGAGGACCAGGACCCGCGACAACAACCUCCUGGGCAAGUUCGAGCUCUCCGGCAUCCCCCCUGCUCCCCGUGGCGUCCCCCAGAUCACGGUCUGCUUCGACAUCGACGCCAACGGCAUCCUGAACGUCUCCGCCGAGGACAAGACCACCGGCCAGAAGAACAAGAUCACGAUCACCAACGACAAGGGCAGGCUGUCCAAGGAGGAGAUCGAGAAGAUGGUGCAGGACGCGGAGAAGUACAAGUCGGAGGACGAGGAGCACAAGAAGAAGGUGGAGGCCAAGAACUCGCUGGAGAACUACGCGUACAACAUGCGCAACACGAUCCGCGACGAGAAGAUCGCCUCGAAGCUGGCGGCCGACGACAAGAAGAAGAUCGAGGACGCGAUCGACGCGGCCAUCAGCUGGCUGGACGCCAACCAGCUGGCGGAGGCGGACGAGUUCGAGGACAAGAUGAAGGAGCUGGAGAGCCUGUGCAACCCCAUCAUCGCCAAGAUGUACCAGGGCGCGGGAGCGGACAUGGGCGGCGCCGCCGGCAUGGACGAGGACGCGCCCGCGGGCAGCGGCGGCCCGGGCCCCAAGAUCGAGGAGGUGGACUAAGCGGCUCGCCGUCGCGUCGUGGUCUUAUGCGGUGGCAGGCCCCACUAUCUCACGCUGCUGCCGCGAGUUAUCGUUUUCUGCUGUAUCGAACUUAAUUAUGGUUGGUCGGUUGGUACUGUGGUGGUAAUUUUUGGACCUCGUGAUGGUCGGUCGGUCAGUAUCGUCUGUCGGUGAACAAUGUUGCUUGAUUGGUUGAUCAAGCGUUAAGUAAUACGGUGUUAUUCGGUAUCUAUUUUGUCC